AGAGGAGAUCACUGCCAGAUUACAAGAUAUUUCUUCCCAAAAAAAUGAUUUCUGUUUGAGAGAGAAUGGUGAAGGAAGAUCCAACAGAAAGAGAAAAAGACUGCCCACCACUUCUUUGGUAGUUGAAUCAUGUGUUUAUGGUAGAGAAACAGAUAAAGAGGCCAUACUUGACAUGCUCCUCAAGGAUGAACCAAGUGAAAAUGAAGCCUGUGUAAUUUCUAUCGUUGGCAUGGGAGGCAUCGGCAAGACCACUCUUGCCCAACUUGCAUACAAUGAUGAGAAAGUGAAGGAUUGGUUUGAUAUGAAAGCUUGGGUUUGUGUUACUGAUGAUUUUGAUGUUAUGAAGAUAACCAAAACUAUUCUCGAGUCGAUUGCUUCUAGUACUUAUCAUGGUGUCAAUGAUUUAAAUUUGCUUCAAGUUGCUCUCAAGGAAAAGGUGUCUGGGAAGAAAUUUCUGUUUGUCUUAGAUGACCUUUGGAAUGAAAGAUGUGUUGAAUGGGAUAGUUUAUGCUCAUCUUUAAGAGCUGGUGCUAGAGGUAGUAAGCUGAUCAUAACCACUCGGAACAUAAGUGUUGUUUCAGUCACUAGAGCUUAUUCUAUUCAUCCCCUAAAGGAGUUGUCACGUAAUGAUUGUCUAUCUGUGUUUUCUCAGCAAGCACUAGGGAUGACAAACUUGGAUUCCUAUCCACAGCUGAAAGUAAUUGGGGAGGAAAUAGUGAAGAAGUGUAAAGGCUUGCCUUUGGCUGCAAAGUCCUUAGGAGGCAUGUUGCGCAUGAAGCUGAACCAAGAUACAUGGAUAGAUAUCUUAGAAAACAAGAUAUGGGAUUUACCAGAAGAAAAAAGCGGCAUUCUUCCAGCUCUCAAAUUAAGCUACCAUCAUCUUCCUUCCCAUUUGAAGCGGUGUUUUGCUUAUUGCUCAAUGUUUCCAAAGAGUUAUGAAUUUCAGAAAGGUGAAUUAAUCUUGUUAUGGAUGGCAGAAGGUCUUUUGCAACAUGUUAAAGGAAAGAGGCAGAUGGAGGACAUAGGCUCUGAAUAUUUUUCUGAGUUAUUAUCAAGAUCAUUUUUUCAACUAUCAAGUGACAAUUCAUCCCAAUUUGUGAUGCAUGACUUAAUUAAUGAUCUGGCUCAAUCUGUUGGAGGAGAAAUAUGUUUUCAUUUGGAUGAUAAGUUGGAAAAUGAUCUGCAACAUCCUAUUUCGGAAAAAGUUCGUCACUUGUCAUUUAGUCGUAAGUACCAUGAAGUGUUUAAGAGAUUUGAAACUUUUGACAAGAUUAGGAAUUUACGAACAUUGUUAGCAUUGCCAAUCACUGAUAAUCUCAAGAGCUGCAUGUCAGCUAAGGUUUUACAUGAUCUGUUAAUGGAAAGGAGAUGUUUACGGGUGCUAUCUUUAACUGGUUAUCGCAUAAGUGAACUUCCAAGUUCAUUUGGUAACUUGAAACAUCUACGAUAUCUCAAUUUGUCUGAUACUUCAAUUAAACAAUUACCAAACUUGGUGAGCAAUCUCUACAAUUUGCAAGUACUGCUACUACGCAAUUGCAAGAGUCUUGCUAUGUUGCCUGAAGGCAUGGGAAACCUGAUCAACCUUCGACAUCUUGAUAUCACUGCAAUUGAUGCCAACUUAAAGAACAAAACCAAUAUUGAAGAGCUGAUGAUGGCAUGGAGAAGUGAUUUUGAUGGUUUACCAAAUGAGCGGGAUGAAAUGGAUGUGCUAGAGUUCCUGCAACCUCAUAAAAAUCUGAAAAAGCUCACAGUUGAAUUCUAUGGUGGAGCAAAAUUCCCGAGUUGGAUAGGAGAUGCCUCCUUCUCAACAUUGGUGCAGCUAAAUCUCAAAACUUGCAGAAACAUCACAUCACUGCCAUCACUUGGCAGACUAUCCUCACUCAAAGAUUUGUGGAUUGGAGGCAUGAGGAAAGUUAAAACCAUAGGCAUUGAGUUUUGUGGGGAGGUUUCACAUUCUGCUAUGCCUUUUCAAUCCUUGAAAUCUCUCAGUUUUGAGGAUAUGGAAGAAUGGGAGGAUUGGUCCUUUCCAAAUGUAGUGGAGGAUGUUGAAGGAUUAUUUCCUUGCCUUCUCGAGCUUACAAUACGGAACUGUCCAAAAUUGAUUGGAAAAUUACCAAGCUUGCUGCCUUCCCUAUUGGAACUCAGAAUUUCUAAUUGUCCAGCAUUGAAGGUUCCACUUCCAAGGCUUGUAUCUGUUUGUGGCCUAAAUGUAGAGGAAUGUAGUGAGGCUGUGUUGAGAGGUGGAUUUGAUGCUGCCGCCAUCACCAUGCUAAAGAUCAGAAAAAUCUCGAGAUUGACUUGCCUGAGAAUUGGAUUUAUGCAAUCCUCAGCAGCCUUGGAAAGUUUGGUGAUAAAAGACUGUAGUGAGCUGACAUCUCUAUGGGAGGAGCCAGAGCUGCCUUUCAAUCUUAACUGCCUGAAAAUUGGAUACUGUGCUAACCUGGAGAAGUUGCCGAAUAGAUUCCAAAGUCUGACAUCUCUUGGAGAGUUGAAAUAG